UAGACAAGAAUAGACGACAAUGAAGGAUGAACUUCAGUGCAUGAAGUGUAAAUAUGCCUGCUUUACCCUUUCUUCAGCGGCCUGAGAGUGUUGCUUCUGAAAAGAGGACUUAUCGACUGAGUCUUAAUGACUAUCAAAGCAAUCAUAGACGUUGUAAAACUUUCCCUGGCAACGAAAAAGACGGAGCCAAACUGAUUGACAACGAAGUAAACAACGAGGCACUGAUAAGGGAKCAAGGAGAGUCUUUUCUUGAGCAAUGGUUUCUCGCCAAUAAAGAUUUCAAGCAUGAUUAUGAUGUUCCGGCUAAGUACAAUCAGGUCCCCUCGCCAACACCAACCUUUCAAAGGACAAAGAAGAUUAAAAGUCACAAUAGACGUGGUUUGCCACGAUGGGUGUCAAAACUAGGACUAUGGCUUCCUCCCCAGCAGAAACUUCUUCUUUAUGAAACUUUUGCAAAACAUGUUGAAUUGUUGGACAGGAGUAAAGCUCAAAUGCUGGACCCAUUUCCGCAUCUUGGGCGUUGUGGCCAUGCCAGAACUCUGUCAGCUCUAGAAAGACAGCAACUAAGACUGCAGAUGGAAGAACAUUGCAGAGAAGCAGAGCGGUUUGAGCGCCUUCUUGACAGAUUCAACAAAAUCACAGAGACCUGGGCGAGUUUGCAAAAGCUUGCUGACACCCGCAWCACCGAACACAACGCGCGUUUGCAGGCUUUCAAUAGAAGAAAAGGUAACACUUGCGCWGUGAAAAACAGUAAGRGCAAAAUAUAUUUGCGAUACAAGGAUCUUCGAUGGGUGACGUCAUACACUCUCAGUUUCAGUAAUGAUGGGAAGAAAUGGGAAAAAUACGAACAUGGAGGAACGGAGAAGGUGUUUCAAGGCAAUGUGGACAACAAUACUGUGGUACUACACAGUUUACCGAGCCCUGUUGAAUCUCGUUAUGUCAGAUUUUAUCCUAAAACGUGGCGUAAUGGUAUCGCUAUGAGAACAGAAGUCUUUGGAGCUUUUCCUGAUGACGCUCUUGAGCCAUUCGAGCCAUCAAUCAGUCCUGAUUUGACAAUGUCAGAACCUCCAGAGGACCUACCCCCUGCACCCGAACCAUCACCAGAUAUAAAACCACCAACACCCGUUACCAGACCCCUGACUCCACCCAUAGAAGUCGAAGAAGAAUCAGAGGACUUGGAACGGUUCAAAUGCUCUCCUGACCAAAUGGCUUCCCUAGAGGGGUGGGAAGAGGAGACGAUUAAAUCCAUCGCAGAUCCUCUUUCUGAAGAGGAGAUUGAAGAACGUGAAGUUAGACUUAAUUCGGCUUGCUUGAGCAUCCAAGGGUCUAAGGUUGCUACGCAAGGUUACCCUGGUGACAAGACCAUUGCCAAGAAGGAUCUUCGAUGGGUGACGUCAUACACUCUCAGUUUCAGUAAUGAUGGGAAGAAAUGGGAAAAAUACGAACAUGGAGGAACGGAGAAGGUGUUUCAAGGCAAUGUGGACAACAAUACUGUAGUACUACACAGUUUACCAAGGCCUGUUGAAUCUCGUUAUGUCAGAUUUUAUCCUAAAACGUGGCGUAAUGGAAUCGCUAUGAGAACAGAAGUCUUUGGAGCUUUUCCUGAUGACGCUCUUGAACCAUUCGAACCAUCAAUCAGUCCUGAUUUGACAAUGUCAGAACCUCCAGAAGACCUACCCCCUGCACCCGAACCAUCACCAGAUAUAAAACCACCAACACCCGUUACCAGACCCCUAACUCCACCCAUAGAAGUCGAAGAAGAAUCAGAGGGCUUGGAACGGUUCAAAUGCUCUCCUGACCAAAUGGCUUCCCUGGAGGGGUGGGAAGAGGAGACGAUUAAAUCGAUCGCAGAUCCUCUUUCUGAAGAGGAGAUUGAAGAACGUGAAGUUAGACUUAAUUCGGCUUGCUUGAGCAUCCAAGGGUCUAAGCAAACUCCUAAAGUAAGACGAAAGAACAAGAAGCCCAAACCCGUUAAAAAGGAGAAGAAAAAGAAACCAGCAAAGAAAAAACACGUCAAACUACCGGCCAUAGAAAGCGCCAUGAACGAUUUACCAGAAGAGGAGAAUGACGAGGAGGAACCGGAAGUAGAAGAUGAACCGGAAGAAGAUUUUUUYCGUAUACCAACACCUCCUUUACCGGAAAUACCCAAAGCCCCUGUCGACGUACGGAUACCAGUCAAGAAAGAAAGAGUCAGCAUGUUUCCCACCAAACCGUCUUUGAAGAAAAAGGAUACGACGCUUUCCCGAGCGCGCGCCGACAACAGCAUACGUGACGAACUCCUCCGACAGCAGCUUGCCGAAGAACGAAGGAAAAAGCUUCUACAAUUGGAWAAGAAAAAGACGUCUCAAAUUCGACGUUCUCCUUCGAUUGAUUCGAGAUUUUCUUAUGAUGAUGACGAUUCGUUUAUUUUCAAGUACUGUAUCAUGAAUGAAGGUCAACUCGGCUACUACCGCAGGAUAUUUGAAAGUAUCGAUGAGGAUAAGGAUGGAUUUCUUUUCCCAGAGGAAAUUCUGGAGGCUCUGGAAUGCGUCAACAAAAAUCUGUUGAAUGAUUCUCACCUUAAAUAUAUACUUCGGGUACUCGAGUUAUGCGACUGUAGUGUGGAUAGUGGAGCUGACUUCAAGUUUUUCUCCGUUAUUGCUGCGUUUUCACAAAAGGUUGCUGCUUUAGAUGACUAUGCCAAGAUUUUGAUAUCAAAAUUGGAUUUUAGAGAACUUGACUACAAACUGCAACGGGCACGGUCACUGUUCAAAUGCUAYGCUGACGAAUAUACAGGRAAAAUGUCCAUGGAACACCUAACCCUUGAACUCACAGURGGGGGUCUGGACUCCAACACCAAGAMUCAYGUYCUACGCAGCCUGGGACCGACAACUUAUUUAGACUUUCUAGACUUUUUGACGUACAUUCCUUUAUUUAUACAUAUACACGAGCACGUGUUGACCAACCCACUUCACGAUCCGCGAUCGUAUCCGAAUGCCAGUUUAAGAAANACUAGGAUACGCCAACGUAGUCGAGACAAGUCGCAUAAACUUUAUCAUGUACAUCUGGUACAUGUCAUGGGUUCACGUGGGGGCUAG